AUGACUUCUGAAAUUACCAAGAUCUCCAUCUUGGGCACCGAGUCCAUCCACAUUGGCUACCAUUUUUCAAGCCAUAUUGUGUCGACUGUUCUGAAAGAGCUCAAAUCCACCACCUACGUGCUCAUUUCUGACGACAAUAUCUUUAAGUUUGGCCAUGUUCAACGUCUCGAGGCAGAGUUUGCGCAAGCCAUCAAGGAUUCCAACUCUUCGUCACGCCUGCUUAAGUACAUCAUUCCUCCUGGUGAGUCUUCGAAAAACCGCACCACCAAGGCUGAAAUUGAAGACUUCUUACUCAAGGAGCGAUGCACCCGUGACACCGUCAUUCUGGCGAUUGGCGGGGGUGUCAUUGGCGACAUGAUCGGUUAUGUUGCUGCCACUUUUAUGCGCGGUGUUCGCUUUGUUCAGAUCCCCACAACUCUUCUAGCCAUGGUUGACUCGUCAAUUGGCGGCAAGACUGCUGUUGAUACUCCUCUCGGCAAAAACCUUAUUGGCGCUUUUUGGCAGCCAAAAUUUAUCUUCAUGGACCUGACCUUCCUUGAGACUCUUCCUGAACGAGAAUUCAUUAAUGGUCUUGCCGAAGUCAUCAAAACCGCCGCUAUGUGGGAUGAGGAAAAGUUCAUCGAACUUGAAAACAACAAUGAGAUUCUUUUAAAGUACAUUAAAGAGCGUAAAGAUGGCCGCGUUGAUCUCGAGCCCAUUAUUGAGAUUGUGCGUAAAAUCGUUUACGGAUCGGCUUCCAUCAAAGCCGAGGUCGUUACUUUGGACGAGCGUGAAGGCGGUCUCCGAAAUCUGCUCAACUUUGGCCACACUAUUGGCCACGCCUACGAAGCCAUCCUCACUCCUCACAUUUUGCACGGCGAGUGCGUUUCCAUCGGUAUGGUCUUGGAGGCUGAGGUUGCCCGCUUUUUGGGUCACCUUUCCGACGGUGCUGUUGCUCGCUUGUCCAAAUGUUUGGCUGCUUACGAGCUCCCCAUUACUCCCAAUGAUGCCAUUGUCCGCCGCCGCUCCCGCAACAUUUCUACUCCAGUGGAUCAGCUUCUUGACAUUAUGAAUGUUGACAAGAAGAAUGACGGUAAUGUUAAGAAAAUUGUCAUGCUUACUCGCAUCGGCAAGACUCUUGAAAAACAGGCUACCAAGGUUUCCGAUGAUGUUAUCCGUACCGUUCUUUCUGAAUCUUUCUUGGUUGGCUCCUUUAAAAAUGCCCCAGAAUCCGUCAGUGUUAUACCCCCUGGCUCCAAGUCCAUUUCUAACCGUGCUCUUGUCCUUGCUUCGCUUGGUGAGGGUGUGUGUCGUAUCUCCAAUCUUUUACACUCUGACGACACUGAGCACAUGCUCAAUGCUGUGCAAGUUCUUGGUGGCACCAAGGUCAACUGGGAAAAUCAUGGUGAGAUUCUUGUGGUCGAGGGCAAUGGCGGUAAGUUCAAGGCCCCCAGCUCUGAAAUCUACCUUGGCAACGCCGGCACCGCUUCGCGCUUCUUGACCACUGUGGCUACACUUGUGCAGCCUUCUUCUGAAGCUGACCAUGUGGUUCUCACCGGUAAUGCUCGGAUGAAGCAAAGACCCAUUGGUCCUCUUGUUGAUUCAUUGCGCGAGAAUGGCAGCAAGGUUGAGUUCCAGGAGUCAACGGGGUCUUUGCCUCUUAAAAUCAAGGCUGGCCUGGGCUUUAAGGGAGGUCUCAUUGAGCUCAAGGCUACAGUUUCUUCGCAGUACGUUUCUUCUAUUUUAAUGUGCGCGCCUUAUGCCGAAAAUCCUGUUACUCUUUCGCUUGUUGGCGGCAAGCCCAUUUCCCAACUCUACAUUGACAUGACGAUUGCCAUGAUGGAGACUUUUGGUGUCAAGGUGACCAAGGGUGAGGGUCAUGUUUACCACAUCCCCAAGGCCACUUACAAGAAUCCAGCUGAAUACGUGAUUGAGUCUGAUGCUAGUUCUGCCACAUACCCCUUGGCCUUUGCUGCCAUUAGCGGUACUAGCGUUACUGUCCCCAACAUUGGCUCGUCGUCGUUGCAAGGUGAUGCUCGUUUUGCUGUUGAUGUUUUACGACCCAUGGGCUGUGAGGUUAUUCAAACUGCUACUUCUACUACGGUUACAGGACCUCCUGUAAAUACCCUCAAGUCCAUCCCCAUGAUUGAUAUGGAGCCUAUGACUGAUGCCUUUUUGACUGCUGCUGUUUUGGCUGCUGUUGCUAAAGACGGAGAAAACAAGACUACCCGAAUUUACGGUAUUGCCAACCAACGUGUCAAGGAAUGCAAUCGAAUUGACGCCAUGAUCCACGAGCUUGCCAAGUUUGGUGUUACCACGCGUGAGCAUGCUGAUGGUCUUGAGAUUGAUGGUGUUGAAAUUGAUAAGCUUACUGUUCCCAAGGGCGGUGUUAGCACAUAUGAUGACCACCGUGUUGCGAUGAGUUUCAGUUUGUUGGCAAGUGCACUUCCUGAACCUGUAUUGAUCAAGGAGCGCAGAUGUGUUGAAAAGACUUGGCCCGGCUGGUGGGACAUUUUGAACCGUGUAUUUAAGGUUGGUCUUGAUGCUUAUGAAGAUACUGUUGCACAGGCCCAAGAGCACCGUCGCACACCCAAUGAGGACAAGACAAUUGUUGUUGUUGGUAUGCGCGGUGCUGGCAAGACCUUUAUGGGACAAUGGGUUGCGACUUCACUUGGACUUAAGUUUGUUGACUUGGAUCAGUACCUCGAGGCUAAGCUUGAAAAGUCAAUUCCUGAAAUUAUCAAGGAAUCUGGCUGGGAAGGUUUCCGCAAUGAGGAGCUUACUGUUUUGCGCGAGUUUUUGGAGAAGCACCCGCGCGGCUGGGUUGCGGCUUGUGGCGGUGGUAUUGUUGAGACCCCUGAGGCCCGCACAAUUUUGAAGGAGUACAUGGCUUCUGGACGUAUUGUUUUGCACGUUCACCGCAACAUUGAGAACAUUGUUUCGUACUUGGAGGUUGACAAGACACGUCCAGCUUAUACAAGCGACAUUUUCAGUGUGUGGAAGCGCCGCGAGCAGUGGUACUUUGAGUGCUCCAAUUACUUUUACUUUGCUUCCAACUUUAGCAACUCUAGCGAGAGUGCUAGCGUGCACCGCUCUCUUGACUUGUUCUUGAAGACUAUUACAGGCACCCGUGGCUUGCCCGAUGUGCCCAAGGGCCGUUCUGCAUUUGUUUGCUUGACUUUUGGUGACGUGCGUGAUUUUGCUGGACUUAAGGAAUCUCUUGAAGGAUCAAGUGCUGUUGAGCUUCGCGUUGACUUACUCAAGAACUGGAGCUUGGAAUAUGUUGCUGAGCAGGUUGGAUUUAUUCGCCUGAAUACUGACUUGCCCAUUAUUUUUACCGUGCGAACCAAGUCGCAAGGUGGCAAGUUCCCCGACGAUGGCGAGGAAGAGGCUGAAAAGCUGAUUCGCUUGGCUUACAAGUUAGGAGUUGAAUACGUUGACUUGGAAUUGACUUGGCCUGUUGGAUUUGUUGACAGUUUGGUCAAGGACAAGGGAUACAGUAAGGUGAUUGCUUCUCACCACGAUACUGCUGGCAAGCACGGAUGGACGAGUGCACUUUGGGAGGACUACUACCAGCGGGCGCUUACUGUUGGCGAUGUUAUCAAGUUUGUUGGAACAGCCAAGAACCUUCAGGACAAUAUUGCUCUUGAGCAGUUCCGUUCGGUGCACACGCGCAAGCCAUUUGUUGCAAUUAACAUGGGCGAGGCCGGCAAGCUUUCAAGGGUGCUUAACGAGGUUUUGACACCUGUGACUCAUGAGAGCUUCCCAAUUGCAGCUGCACCUGGACAGCUGACGGUGCGGGAGAUUAACGGUGCACUUGCUGCGAUUGGCGGGCUGCCUGCCAAGGAAUUUUUUGUUUGUGGAGGACCUGCGGCUCAAUCACGGUCACCUGCCCUCCAUAAUGCGUUGUACAAGGCAUUGAACAUACCUCACCAAUACUCUUAUCUUGCUACGGAGAGCGCUGAGGAGGUGUUUGCAAAGAUUGGUGAGCUUGGAGACAAGUUUGGCGGAGCUUCAGUGACGAUCCCUCUUAAGCUUGCUGUGCUGCCAUUUUUGAGUGAAUUGACCCCAGCCGCUAAGGCUAUUGGAGCGGUGAAUACAAUUAUCCCGUUGGGAAAUGGCAAGUUUAAAGGUGACAAUACAGACUGGAUUGGAAUUGUCAAGUCGUUUGAAGCAAUUGGCUUGAGCGGCGGCAAGAAGUCUGGCGAUGUUGCUGGUGUUGUGAUUGGAGCUGGCGGGACUUCGCGUGCUGCCAUUGAGGCGCUCCAUGCAAUUGGAUACGGGACCAUUUACCUUGUGAACAGAACGGAGGCUAGUGCUCGAGAAGUUGCAGCAGCUUUCCCCGCGGAGUAUGGUGUUAAGGUUGUUGUUAGUGAAGAAGAGUAUGGUGGAAAGCGAGCGGAGGCUGUUGUGAGUUGUGUCCCCGCGAGUGCGCCGCUCGAUGAGAAGCUGGCACGGCUGGUUGACGGGAUUCUCUCGGGAGGGGCCAAUUCAGCAUUGGGAGGUUCUAGUAGCAAGUACUUUUUGGACGUGGCUUACAUGCCCGUGGUGACUCCGUUGGCUGAGAAGGCCAAGGCGCAGGGCUACGCGACGAUUGGUGGCCGGGACAUGUUGGUGUAUCAGGGCGUGGCUCAGUUUGACGAGUGGACUGGCCAGGCUGGUCCAGUUGGUGCUGCCAUGACUGCAGUUUACCAGGAGUAA